CCAGGAACGGCAAACGCAGGAUUGGGACAGUGACCAACCAGGAGCUAGGAUCCCAGGCUGGCUAAGGGGUGGAAAGGGUCAACCCCCCCACCCCACCCCCAUUCCAGCCGCAAGUCCGUCAGAAACAAUCGAGUGCGCCUGCGCGUGUAUUGCCCUCGCUUUCCGCUCCGUCGCUGCGUCGGACCGUGUACUUUGGUUCCUGCCCGCUGGAGGUCCGUCCUGGUUCUGGAGCGACCCCGUGACCUGUCUCCCUGCGCGCGUGCACUCCGCGCUCUCCACCAUGCCAGGGGGCGUACCCUGGUCCACCUACUUGAAAAUGCUCUCCUCCAGCCUCCUGGCCAUGUGCGCCGGGGCCCAGGUGGUGCAUUGGUACUAUCGGCCUGACCUGACAAUACCUGAAAUCCCACCAAAGCCUGGAGAACUCAGAACGGAGCUUUUGGGACUGAAGAGACACCACGAACCUCAUGUUUCACAGCAGUAGAAACUUCAAAAUAGCAGCUGUGCCAAGAAUUCUGUGAAUAAUGUUUCAAAUAUGUAUUUUAAAAUUUAUUAAGUAAAAAUACUUUUUGAAACACCUAAUUUAGGGGGCUCAAUGGCUCAGACGUUAAGAGCACUGUCUGCUCUUCCAGAGGUCCUGAGUUCAAUUCCCGGCAACCACUUGGUGGCUCAUAACCAUCUA